AUGGCCGAACUUGGCUGGAUCGGUGGUAUUGUGGUCGCCAACGUCUCAAUCGUCAUACUAGUGUCUGUGGCUGAACGGAGUGGCGACGGAAGAACUCUCCAUCGUCUCCGUGAAAAUGGAAAAGGAGGUUACACUUCUGAUCUAGUGCAACGGCGCAUCGAUGCAAAUGGGGGAGCAAUUGCGUUUGUUGACGACUUUACAGCUUGGGUAGCGAGUCCAACAGCACAGCUUAACCGUGACAAACUUCAAGCCAUCAUUGACAGUGCUUUAGACUGGGAGCGAAGAAGUGGUGCAACGUUAGAAGCUGAUAAGACGGCAAUCAUCCAUUUUACUAAGACUGCCAAAAAGCUCAGCCAUGAUCCGUUCACGAUUAAAGGGCGAGAUAUUCACCCUAAGGACCACGUGAAGAUUCUUGGAGUAAUUAUGGAUAGACGACUUAAAUACAAGCAGCACAUUGCAAGAGCCGCGUCGAAAGGUUUAGAAGCAGCAUUGGAGUUAACGAGGCUCAAAGGCCUGUCUACCGCGGCAGCCCGACGGUUGUUUUCGGCCUCGGUAGCCCCAGUAGUAGAUUAUGCCUCAAAUACCUGGAUGCAUGCCUACAGGUACAGGAACAUGGCUCCGAUUAACCGUGUUCAAAGAGUGGGAGCACAGGCAAUUGUCGGCACAUUUCUCUCUGUAGCGACAAGCAUUGCCGAAAUAGAGGCAUCGAUACCUACCGCAAGAGAACGCUUCUGGAAGCGAGCAAUAAAACUCUGGGUUGACAUUCAUACUCUACCUAAGACAAACCCACUUCACAGGAUAACAUCGCGGGUACGGAAACUAUAUCACUGCAAUAGAUCGCCGUUUCACCAAGUUGCAUGCAGGCUCAAGGACGUGCCGUUAGAGGAACUUGAAUCUAUUCAGCCAUUCGCACUAGCACCGUGGGAGAAUCGAGUCCAAGCCUUUAACUAUGAAAAUGCAAGCAAAGAAACAGAGGCAAAAUGGGACAUACGCGUGGCGGUAAGCAGCUCUGCACGCAACGGCGUGGUUGGGGUUGGCGGAGUUGUCCGCGGCACACCAUUUGUCGAUGGGAACGCGACAAGUCAGGAGUUCUCUUUCACGCUAGGUCUAAGAACCGAACAAAACCCGUAUUCAGGAGAACUAGCAGCAACGGCGCACGCGUUAAACAUCCUUCCCGAUGUUAGCCACCGGCGAAUAGCACUCUUAACCACCAACAAAGCAGUCGCUCUCAGCCUCCGAAAUCCCCGGCAGCAGUCCGGUCAAGAGUAUAUCCGCCACACUUAUAAAGGGUUAAGUAAGUUAUGGCGAUAUGGAAAUGGGUUAUUAGUAUUCUGGAUCCCCAGCUCCGGCGAAAAUGAUCUUCUACAGUUAGCCAAGCGAGAGGCAAGACAGGCAACCAAGGAAGGGGCAGUUCCACAAAAACGGUUCCCUAGAAUGAAAUCCACUACCCUGAACCUCGAAAAGGAGAAACUCAAUGGUGAAAGGAGUUUGCCAGAUGGGGUAGGAAAACAUUCCAAAAGAGUUGAUGCCGCCCUCCCAGGUCAGCAUACUCGACAGCUAUACGAUAACCGACCCUGGAUAGAACGCAACAUUUUGGCCCAGAUGAGAACAGACAUGACGAGACUCAAUAACUCACUUUAUCGGAUACAUGCAGCGCCAUCCAGGCACUGUGCCUGCGGGCAUGAGCAAGAGACAGUAGCUCAUUUUCUGUUUUCGAUGCAUAAGAUGGGAAGAACAUCGAACAAAGAUGCCCCGAUGCACUGA